AUGCGCCUCGCCCACCUCCACCUCCCCGACAUAACCUCCUUCGCAAGAGUCUCCAACCUCCAACAAACCCUCACCUCACGCCUCCUCGCCCACAAAAAGCUCACAGACGCCAACCCCAACAAUGCACCCCACCACCCACCCCCAGACCCCACAAUCAUAACCUUCACACCCAACCCAGUCUACACAACCGGCCGACGCGACCUUCCCCCCUCCAACACAGCCACCACCAACAGCAAUGGCAAUGAUAAUAACAACAGCAACACACUCUCCCUUCCCCCCGCCCUCGAACCCAUCCGCCCAAUCCUAACCGGCCCCACCAAACGCGCAGAGUACCACCCCACCCUGCGCGGUGGCCAAACAACCUACCACGGCCCCGGGCAAAUGGUCGCAUACACAAUCCUGGAUCUCCGACGGCUGGGCCUCACACCGCGGUGUCACAUCCGGGCACUAGAAAACAGCGUCGUGGACGUCCUAGCACGAUACGGGUUGAAGGGCCUCAUAACCGAAGACCCCGGCGUGUGGGUGCGCAGCAACAACGGGGGGGACGGACCGGCUAAGAAAAUCACAGCGGUAGGCGUGCACCUCCGGCGAAACAUCAGCAGCUACGGGAUCGGGUUCAACGUGAGCCAGGAGCCGAUGUGGUAUUUUCAGCAGAUAGUGCCGUGUGGGCUUGAGGGGCGGGAGGCGACGAGUCUGGAGGGGGAGGGCGUUAAGGGUGUGGGGAUUGGGGAGGUUGCUGAUGGGUUUGUGGGGGCUUUUGUGGAGAGGGUGAAUAGGGAUUUUGCUUGUUCUGGCUCUGGGACGGGGGAGAAGAUUGAGGGGGUCUAUAGUGUUGCUGAGGGGGAUUUGAUGUGA